GAACGCGAUGGUUGCUAGGCAACGGCCCAUGACAACUAAUAAAUAAACAAAUUAUUGUGUCAAUACCGUUACGAGUGACUCUGUCACUGGAAUGAGUGUGAAAUGUCGAAAGAAAACAAUAAUUUGAGGCUGCUAGGCUCGCCUGUGAACUUAUCGUACAGAGGCAAGAAGAAAGACGACAAAAGAAACAUUCGAAACCGACCAAGGUCUGCACUGCAAAGCGCAGUUUGCGUUACACCGAUAUUUCAGGAUCAUCCAGAGAGAUACAAGAGACCAUUUUCAGCAGAUACAAAGGAACGGGCACCAACAACCAGAAACUUUUUGAAAGCAUUCAGCGCUGAGUUACUGCAGUCAUAUAACAAUUCACCAACCACUAUCAAAGUAGUUGCACCAACCACUGAUCUAUUGAGAGAUACAAAAUCCAUUGAGCCCAACUCGUACAAAAACAAAGAAAUAUGUAGUAACGUUUCAGACUAUGGUUCGGAGGAUACUUAUAUUAGCUUAGGAACUAAAAUAAAGGCUAAAGCACAGUCAGGCUCAAAGAAAAAUAAUUCAAAAAACUACGCCAAGUAUAGGAACAUAGCUAAGAAAACACGUAAGCCUAUGGAGCAUACUAUUAGUGAAGAUGCAACCAGUCAGGAAUUUGGUUUAGAAGUGAAAAUCAUCGAACGAGCUUCAUCGCCAAUGAGGAACAGAAAUGUGUAUCAAGGAAGAUGUUUAUCGCCCUCAUUCAAGACACGGGCAUAUGAAUCGUAUUUUUUACCCCUUGAGUCUGAUAGGAGGGAGUCUGAAGAAGGCCACGGGUCUUAUAGCGAUAACAACAGUAUACAGUCUGAGGUAGACAAAGCUAUAGAUACUUACACGCGCCGAUUGACUGUGUCGAAGCAGCAGCUAUCCCUUGUAGAAGAAGAGUCCGCUCAAGACUUGGAUAGUGUUCCCUCGCAACACAUGUCCAGUUUGUCUCCGGAAACAUCCCUCGAAGAUAAAAUCGCCAAGGGCGAUAAUAAUGACAAUCUAACUAGUAGGAAUACGUUCGUAUUGGACUACAAAGAUGAUGAAUUCAAUAAAAUCACUCAAAACUUUAUGUGUGAACCGCGGACUUAUUCGAGCUUUUACGACGACUUCAACACAAACCCAAUUAAUUCAUACAAGAAUAAAUUAUCCAGUACUGUAGUGCAUACAGAUUCGUCGUCAAAGGAUUCCGGAUAUCCAGACAGUGGAGCAAAUGAUGAUAGAUUUUACAGACAGAAUUAUUCGCUGCCAAAUACAUCAGUACUAAAGAAAUCCAGCUCUCAUGAUCAAAUUGAAGAACAGCCAAAGAGUUUGGACAGCAUCUCCACCAAUAGCAAUGACAAAGGCUAUCAAAAAACAUACCCUCUAGACAAAAAGGGUAAAUGGGCUGAACCUUUAAACCACAGCCGCUUACUCUACAAAGAUUUCUUCUUAAAGAAAGAAGGACACAUCGCGUUGCCUCCACAGAACUCUCCGACCAAGACUGACGUUCCUAUACCUGGAAGUAGUGAAACUACUGAACAACCGAAAUCCGAGAAUUCAGAUAACAAUUUAGAUUACCCUUCCUAUCUCAUAAACAGUACAACUAAAGCCUACACAUCUAAAGUUAUUGAAGAUUAUAAGAAGGAACUAGAGGCUAUAAACAACCUGCAUGACCUUACCCUCAAAGAUAUAAAAACUGAUGCCGAGUCACCAACGCCGCUGAACAUAGACAAAAUGUUCGAAGACGCAUCUAAUUUUGAACUUAAAAAGGAUAGUAGUGAAAGUUCGCAAGGAAGCAAUGGAGCAGAUAAUAAUUUGUUACCUAAGAACAAAAAUUCAUUGGACGCUAAACGUGACGUUUCCAAAAUUUCAACAAAAGAGUUAAUACAAAACUAUUUAAAAGUAAAAGAAGAUGGCAACGCGAAACUCACGAAAAAGGCUGAAAAAAAGUUGAAUAACGGUGGUUCAGGGGAGAAUUCUUCGGGCUUUAAACAGGAAUGGAAUAACAAAAGCUCUAAGAAUGGUGGCAAAAGUCCAGUGAACAUACGAAAUCAAGCUCAGAAGAAUAUGUUUACAAUUCGUACUCCUAUGAGCGCUAGGAUCGAAAGCGUUCAGAAUGACAAAGAUGUUGACUCGUGGAUGUCUCUCAGCGCUCCUUCGCCGAGGAUCCUUGAAAGUGAAGAAAUACAGAAAGAGGAACCAAAGAAGUCUGAAACAUCUCUGCCUGAAGAGAGAAGAGAAGAAGCGGGAGUAGCAACGCAAUUACCUGCGGAGGAGACGCGACCGAAAACACCCAAAGAAUUAAGCUCGGAUUCGACAGUUUUAGAUAUUUAUUCCAUGUUAAAAGAAAUUGAAAGUUACGGAGAGAACCCUGUGACAGAAGUAACUAAUAAGAUCCUAUCUGAGACUGAGAGUAAGAAAGAUGAAGAAAAUGUCUUACCCAAAGAUAAUUUUAUGGAGAUAUUCGAGUUUCUGGAGAAAGUUGAGCAAAGUGCCAACGAUGCUUUAUCCGUCGUGACCAACUCUACCCCACAAACCAUGCCCAAAUUGGAGAUGCUACUAAAGUUACCACAAACGGAGUUGGCCCAGAGGCUGGUGACGGCAUCCUUGCAACUUGAGGAGCGGUCUUGCUGUAUUGCGUUGUUGCAAGAAAGUCUUGCUAACCAUAAAGAACAGAUGAUCAACAAAGUGAGCAAUUUGGAGAAACAGUCCAAUCGGAACAUAAACAAAGUGAAGCAAGAAUGUGAAGAGACUAUCAAGAGACACCAGAAUUUUAUUGAUCAGCUGAUAAACGACAAGAAGACAUUGAAUCAUCGUAUAGAACAACUAGUGGACGAGCGUCGAGCGCUCGAGGAGCGUUGGAAGCGCUCGGCUCAGGCGCUCGAGGACAGGUACAAGUUGGAGCUGCGGAACCAACAUGAUAAGAUGCAGGCUGCUCAACAGGUGGCUAGGCAGCGCUGGGUCCGGCAGAAAGCUGAGAAGAUCAAGGAGUUGACAGUAAAAGGCUUAGAAGGAGAGCUGAGAGAGAUGGCUGAACGCCAGCAAAAGGAGAUAUCGGACUUGAAGAUGUCGCAUGCGGAACAAAGUGGCCGAGCGCAAGCGAAACAUGCGCAGGAGCUAGAGGAGCUCAGGAGGAUCUUAGAGGAGGAGAAGGAGGCGGCCUUGGUUAAGGAGAGGCAUUUAGCUAGUUCUAGGCUAGAGAAACAGAUCCUCGAAAUAGAGCUGACAUAUCAAGAGCAGCGUACGCGGCUGGUGUCAGAGAUGCGAGCGGAAAACGAACGUGUCGCCAACGAACUAGCUGCUAAGGAGAGGACCAUGAGGGAAGAAAUGGAGAAGUGGAGAACAGACCAAGAGAAUGACAUAAAGGAAAAGCGUAAGCAAAUGGAACUUGAAGCUAUGAAGGAAAGAGAGAAAAUAGAGCAACUAACGAAAGAAAAAGAAACAGAAAUGCAGCAUCAACUAGAAGAAUUCAAAAAGCAAUUAGAAGCAGAACAUCAACUUCUCUUAAAGCGCAAAACUGCAGAGAUAGCCGCGCAGCACAAACAGGAGAGAGACAAGGAGAUAGAGAGAGCUAUAGAGAGCAUGGAAGCCGAGGCACAGGCCGGGAGGAAGGAGUUACAAGACGCACUCAGGAGGAACAAGGAGCAGUAUGAAGCGGAGUUGAAGGAGCUCGCGGAGACGGAGCAGGCGACACUCAGGAGGUACCAGGACGCGCAGGCCAGGAUACGACAGACUGAGGAUAAAUGCGCGGAGUUAGAAGUUACCAUCUCUCAGUUGGAGACGCGCAAUAGGGUUUUGACUGAGAAAAACACUCAACUAGAGAGUCGUGCAGAAGAGAUAAAAGCGAGCUGCGAGGAAUCUUGGAAGGCUAAACUGGAUGCGCUGUUCAAAGAGAGGGACGAAACUAAGAAGACACACGAGGAACAAAUGCACCAGCUUUAUGCCAAGGUGAAAGUAGCGGUGGCCCGCAAGGACUCUGCUAUUCAGGCGCUCACACGAGAAGCUGCCAAAUACCAGGAGAAGAUAACAUUACUGGAGCAGAAACUACAGCAGCAAAGGAAAGACUUCCUCAAUAAAAAGUAACACUAUAAGCCAACACAAAAAUAUAAGGUAACGCUCUAGUUUUUCACCCCUUUGUGUAAAUGUGCUCGUAAACGGCUGAAUCUAUUUGAAUGCGGUGUUUUGUGUUUUGGUAUGUUUCGCCAAAAUCGGCUCAGCCGUUUUAAAGUUAUAGACUGUUUUGUCAACGAGUUUAAUUUUCAUAUACAUAUAGUCAGUGUGUUCCGAUGCCUACUUUAAAAAUGGGAAAUAAAAUUGAAAAAUAUUAAGUUACCUACAGAAAAAUAAGCUAUAUGAAGGUUAACAAUCUUUAUAGACCAACUAAACUGCCAUUAUAAGUUACAUAUUUGUAACUAAAACUUAUACUAGUCAGGUUCAUCUCAAAAGACCAUGGUCAUUCACAAGAUGUUAGAAAUUAUUCCUGCCAUUAUAGAAACUUUUUUAAUGCUGGCUACACCAAUGUGUCAAGACUAUUGCAUAAAAUACCAAAGAAUUAUGUCUUAGUUGUAUUAAUUAUUAUUUGUUUAUGUUGUUUUGUUGUGAACAUUUGCUCAAUGCUAGAUAAAUACAAAUACUGAUAUAAUUAUGUGAUUCUCCUCAGUUGUUAAUUAAUUUAAAACAUUGACGUUAUUUUAGCAAUAAAUGUUUUUAUUUUAUUACGAUUCCGUCCAUUGGAGUUUUAUACUUAUUUCUUUGUUAUUAAUUUUAGCAGAAAUGUAAUUAGGGUAGCGAUACUAUGAAAUUAUUCUCAAAUUAUGUACUUCUUCGAAACUUGUGUGAAAGCAAAUUAUUAUUGUGUGUGCUUAAUUUUCACAAUGUUUCUCGUAUAUGUGUGACUUGUGCUUGAUUUUGUAAUCGUAUUAAUUUAUUACCUAUACGAGUAGUAACUAAUUAUUACUUGUGAUGCUUGCCAAUAAAUAAAGUAUUUUUGAAUUUCG